UCGAGAACGAGGUUUUUUAACUACAGAGCCACUGCACAGCUACAUUUUCCUCCGGAGUUGAGAUAAAAUAAGUUUUUGUUUUUUUGUGUUCUGUUUAUAUUGUUAAAUUAUGGAAGCUAAGGGCCUGGCUAGGGUCCUCCAGGCACCAGCCGACCCUAUGGAACCUCACAAAGGAUGGAGCAUGAUUCCUCACAACAGCGUUAUUGCCAGAGAUUCUUCAGAGCUUUGGAGAUCGAACACUAUUCACACAAUAAAUCACAUUAAAAAGAGAAUGGUGGGUAUAUUCCAAGAGUACCCUGAUUUGUACACUGAAAUGAUUGAAGAGAAAAGAGAUGCUGAAAUGUUGACACUUUUUAAAUCUAUGAAACCGCAAAUACCAGAUGUGAAAGUAAAGCCGACUGUAAGUGCAGAAGUCCCUAAGAAGUCCUACUCAUCGGAUGGAAAGUCAAAGUUCCUGUAUCCACAUUACUGAAUUUGACAUCAAAAUUCGAAUAGGCUGGAAGAAAGAUUUGACCGGUACUUGGGUCAGAGAGUUAUACGCGUGUAAUGUGUAUAGGGUGAACUUUUACCAGUUUCAUAUAAUGAAUAAUGUUAAAGUACUGAAGAAUUAUGUUAUUGAUGAUGUCUCAUGUUUUGAUGUUGG